AUGUUCCGAUCUCAGAAGGGGACCAGCACAAAAGCCAAGCCCUUCUUGUGCACAGUGUGUGGGAAAUGGUUCAGCCAGAAAUCUCUGCUCAUCCAGCAUCACCGAAACCACACCGGGGAACGUCCCUACCCAUGCAUGGAGUGCAGCAAAAGUUUCACUUCAUGUUCUCUGCUCAUUCGUCACCAGAAGAUUCACACCGGUGAAAAACCCUUCGCCUGUUUGGACUGCAGCAAACGUUUCAGCGAAAGUUCCCAGCUAGUCCGCCACCAACGAACUCACACCGGAGAGCGACCGUACACAUGUAUAGAGUGCGGCAAGAGCUUCAGCGAGAGCUCCAAGCUAGUCAUCCACCAGCGCACUCACACUGGCGAACGGCCAUAUUCCUGCAGUGACUGCGGCAAGAGCUUCAGCGUGCGCUCGCACCUUAUUACACACCAGAGGACUCAUACGGGUGAGCGCCCCUACACAUGUAACCAGUGUGGCAAGAGCUUCAGCGAGAGCUCCAAGCUGGUAAUGCAUCAACGUAUUCACACCGGUGAGCGCCCUUACACAUGUGCCACCUGUGGCAAAAGCUUUAGCCAGCGCUCCGUCCUGGUCACCCACCAACGUAUACACACAGGCGAAAAGCCCUACACCUGUCCCGACUGCGGCAAAUGUUUUAUCGACAAGGUCGGCUGCGACCGGCACCGUGUUACACAUAGCAACGAAAAGCCUUUCCAGUGCCCCCUUUGUGGCAAGAACUUCAGUCGCAACUCCGACUACAACAAACAUCAACGUACCCAUACCCAUCAGCGCGUCCAUACUGGUGAAAAGCCUUACACCUGUAUUGAAUGUGGGCAGAGCUUCUGCUGGAGCUACCAAUUGGCCACUCAUCAGAAGUCCCACACGGCAGAAAACUCCUUCAUGUAA